GGCGGAACAUCUCCGGGUGUCCCACAUUACGGACGACGGCCACGAACUCUUUCAAAGUUCCUGACCGUAAGCGCUCCAACGCCGAGGCUCUCCGCCGUCCCCGACUUUGGGCCGCAAGGCGGCGCUCCCACACUGGCCAGGCCCCGCUCCUCGGCUGAGGUGCGGGAGACCCCUGCUCCGCUCGCAGGGGGCUGGGCGCACGCCAGGUCACGCGUGCUGCUCGCCGCGAGACUGGUCGUCGUCGACCGCCUUCUUGAUCAUGCGCUGGAGGUCGCGGUCGGAGAUCUGCUGAGCCCACGCCGGCGGCUUGAGGUUCAGCUGCCCCAUCGCCGCCUUGAUGAGCUGGACGUCUGUGUCGGACGACAGGGCCGAGGGCCCUGGAGGCGGCGGUGCCGCGGCGUUGCGGCCGAAGUCGGCGAAGUCCUCGCCGCCGUCGGCCAGAUCUGCACCGGCGCCGCCGCCCAGCGGAGGCGGCGGCGCCGCGGUAUUGCGGCCGAGGUCGGCGAACUCCUCGCCGCCCGCUGGCACCCGCGCGUCGCGCGGCCUGGCCGCCGCCCCGCCGAGCGGCGCGGCCGCCGCCUCGCCGGGCGCGUCUGGGCGGCCUCCGUCCUCGCCGGCGGGCCCCUCCUGCUCGCGGGGAGCGAAGACUGACACCACUCACGAGCGCAAACUUCUGGAGGCCAGCGCGGAUUUCUAGGAUCGGCGCCAGGUGGCCUCUGCCUGGUGCGCCAGGGGCGGCGCCGGAGGCGCCGCCAGGGGGCUCCAGCGCCGAGCCGAGAAGUCCGCGCGGACCUUCAAACGUUUUAUGUUUACUCGGCUGCACGCAAGAGCGACCCAGGGCACAAGCGACCUUUGGAGCGCGGCUGUUUAGGGUGCGAGGGGGCCAAGCCCAGGCGCAGGCCGCUAUCGCAUCGCAUUCAGCGAUCGGGGAGCCCCACUGGGCCCGCACCAAAGGUCACUCCAGCGAAGGGUCACUCCUACGUGUAGUCGAUUCAGUCAUUUCUGUUCCCCCGAUGCUCCGCCCCCAACCACGUCUCCACGGCGCCCUCGCUGCCCUCGUCGUCGGAACCCAGGGCCGCAUAGCCCGCUGGAGCGAAGGCGCCGUCGGCGAACUCUUCCUCCUCCCACUCUGCAUCUUCACCACCGCCCUCCUCCGCCUCAUGGGCUGGCCCGCGGCCCCGCCCGCUCCCUGCGGCCACGGUGCGCUCGUAGUUUGUCUCCAGCAGGCUGAGCGUCUGCAGCAGCUUGUCGGCCACGGAGUCGCUGAUCUCGCUGCCGCCGCUCCCCUCGAGGCUCUCCAGCCUGCCCAUCACGUCGCGGUCGUUCCUUGCGCCCGCGGCGGCACUGGUAGGGGCUUCCGCGGGACCACCGGGCGCAGCGGAUUCUCUGGGGCGCUCCUCCUCCAGGACCAUGGCGUGCCCCUGGUGGCCCAUUCGCCGAAGGAGGUGGUCGCGCCAGAGCGGGAGAGGCUUGAGCCAAAACGACUACU